UGUAUGAAUCUCAUGUCGACUGAUAGUUUAAAAUUUAAAUAGCCAUCGACUAGAUCUAAGCUUCAUUAUCCGUAGAAAUUUGAUCCUCGAAUAGCCUUUUGUGACGAAAGGGAUUUCAAUCAAACUGGUGUUGAGAGAAACAACAAGUGGUGUGCUGGAAGUUGAAUCUUUUGCCAUUUGUACAAAGGUGCUAAAUACGUGGAGGUAGAAGAGGGGGUUUCGUUUUUAGAAGGCAGACACCAUGAUAACGACGAUGUUUGCACGAACAAUUCAUCGUAGCUGCAGCGGGAUCAAAUUUUACCACUCUUCAAUCUCACUCUCACACUCAUCACUUUGCAACAGCUACUCCCCCACGCAUCUUCAUCGUCGCCAGAUGAGCACGGAAACAGAAAGUAUUGUUGAUCGGCUCAAGAGUUCUGGAUUAUGGCGAACCAAAGGUCUAAUCGGAGGAAAAUGGAUUGAUGCUUAUGAUGGGAAGACAAUCGAGGUUAACAACCCUGCUAGUGGUGAUGUUAUAGCUUCUGUUGCAUGUAUGGGCGAAAGGGAAACCAAAGAUGCGAUAUCUUCAGCCUACGAUGCUUUUAGCCAUUGGAGCAAACUUACUGCUAAUGACAGAAGCAAUCGCCUGCGUAACUGGUAUAACCUGUUGCAUGAACAUAAAGAAGCGCUAGCACAACUUAUAACUUUAGAGCAAGGAAAGCCUCUAAAAGAAGCCAUUGGGGAGGUUGGUUAUGGAGCUAGUUUCAUUGAGUUCUUUGCAGAGGAGGCGAAACGUAUUUAUGGUGAUGUAAUUCCAGCAACACUUUCUGAUCGCCGUCUGUUUGUUAUAAAGCAGCCUGUUGGUGUGGUUGCUGCAAUUACUCCAUGGAAUUUCCCUUUGGCAAUGAUUGCAAGGAAGGUGGGCCCCGCUCUUGCCUGUGGUUGUACUGUGGUCAUUAAGCCCUCUGAGCUCACACCAUUGACUGCUUUAGCAGCAGCUGAACUUGCCCUUCAAUCAGGAAUCCCACCCGGGGUCUUGAAUGUAGUUAUGGGAGAUGCUCCUAAAAUUGGAAAUACGUUAGUUGCGAGCCCACAGGUAAGGAAAAUAACAUUUACUGGUUCAACAGCUGUUGGAAAGAAAUUAAUGGCUGGUGCAGCUGAAACUGUCAAAAAGGUAUCUCUUGAACUUGGUGGUAAUGCACCUUGCAUAGUCUUUGAUGAUGCUGACCUGGAAGUGGCGAUUAAAGGGAGCUUGGCAACCAAAUUCCGUAACAGUGGACAAACAUGUGUAUGUGCAAAUAGAAUACUUGUGCAAGAAGGCAUAUAUGAGAAAUUCACAAAAGCAUUCUCAAAUGCUGUUCAAGACCUUAAAGUUGGCAAUGGUUUAUCAGAAGGUGUUGCCCAGGGCCCACUAAUUAAUGAGGCUGCUGUACAAAAGGUUGAUUCAUUCGUGCAAGAUGCUGUCUCAAAGGGAGCUAAAGUUCUACUAGGUGGUAAAAGGCAUAGCCUUGGGAUGACCUUUUAUGAGCCUACAGUUAUAGGAGAUGUCAAGAACGAGAUGCUCAUAGCAAGUCAGGAAGUAUUUGGACCUGUUGCACCUGUUUUAAAGUUUAAAACGGAAGAAGAAGCUAUACAGAUUGCUAAUGAUACAAAUGCAGGAUUAGCUGCUUACAUAUUCACAAACAGUAUCAAGCGAUCGUGGCGUGUGUCUGAGGCUCUUGAAUAUGGUAUUGUUGGAGUUAACGAAGGAUUGGUGUCUACAGAGGUGGCUCCAUUUGGAGGUUUUAAGCAGUCGGGUCUAGGGCGCGAAGGUUCCAAAUAUGGAAUGGACGAUUAUCUUGAAAUAAAAUACAUCUGUAUGGGAAACAUGGGCUGAUUCAGGCUGCCUACAUGUCUUGUAAAUUAGCGACUUUGAUGUCGUUUUGCUUAAUGUGUUAACUUAUGAAGAAGAGAAAAUAGACAAAUGAAAAAGAGUAAGUAAUGAUAGGAGAAACAGUCAAAGUAAGGUCAAAUGUCAUUUUUUUUUGAAUAAAUCGUGUGCCAUGGUCUGACAUGGACAGUUGUAUUUAGGUGUUGUUAGAAGUGUAAAAUUUAUGUUUGUCUUUCCUUCUGUUGAUAUGAUUAUCUAAUAAAAGAAGGGAGUGGUUUAUUUGGUG